UCCGUAUCAUUUUCGCUUUACAUCGGUCGAUCGGUGUUCAACUGUGUUGGGUGAAAAAAAUAAAUAACAAAAACAAUUAAAACUUCUUUCGAUGUUCCACAUUUGUAAACAGUUGUUCUGACGCGAGACAAACAUAUCUUAAACUACAUCCGUUGUGUGUUUCUUUUCGUAUUUAACAAGUGUGAUUUGAGAAAUAGUUCAUGGGUCCAUACCCUCUUCAAUAAUCUCCCCCACCAUUAGUGUUGUUGCCUACGACUAACCAUCCAAACGUAAUAAACACAAACGCCAAACUGGAACGGGAUAGGAAAGCUAAAGUUAACAAAAGUUCCUCUACCUCAACAAGAGUCGAGCGGGGCAGAUCGGCAGUGUUGGAGGCGUCGACGACGACGACGACGGAAGAAGCGGAUACAAACGCUACGAGCGUCGACAAAAAAAAGAUGAACGGGUUAAGUUUCAGUGAACUUUGUUGUUUGUUUUGCUGCCCUCCGUGUCCAGGACGCAUUGCAUCGAAGCUGGCCUUCUUACCGCCAGAAGCUAGCUACGAUCUGAAACCGGAAGCGGAUAAUACUAACAGCAAGUUUACCCUGACGCUACAUGAUAAGGCCGACUGGCAGUAUACCGAUCGUGAAAAAGAAUGCUUCGAAGUGUUUUACGCACGAUCUGCUCGCGGGAACAGAAUCGCAUGUUUAUUCGUCAAAUGUAGCGCUAACGCACGAUUUACACUGCUCUUUUCCCACGGCAAUGCGGUAGAUCUUGGGCAAAUGACUACGUUUUUCAUCGGAUUAGGUCAACGGAUUAAUUGUAACAUUUUUAGCUACGAUUAUUCCGGCUAUGGUCAAAGCUCCGGAAAACCGACGGAGAAGAAUCUUUACGCAGAUAUCGAUGCAGCGUGGCACGCUCUACGAACACGGUAUGGCAUCAGUCCUGAAAAUAUAAUUCUUUACGGACAAAGCAUAGGCACGGUUCCCACGGUAGAUUUAGCCAGUCGCUAUGAGGUUGGUGCGGUCAUUUUGCAUUCCCCUCUGAUGUCAGGUAUGCGAGUAGCCUUUCCAGCUACAAAACGUACGUGGUUUUUCGAUGCAUUUCCCAGCAUUGAUAAAGUGCCGAAAGUAACAUCACCCGUUCUGGUAAUACAUGGUACCGAAGAUGAGGUGAUCGAUUUUUCCCACGGUAUGACCAUUUACGAAAAGUGUCCCCGAGCAGUGGAACCAUUAUGGGUGGAAGGGGCCGGUCACAAUGACGUGGAAAUGUACAGCCAAUAUUUGGAACGGCUAAAACAGUUUGUGUCCGUUGAGCUGGUCAACUGACAAAAGCUGAACAAACGCACCAGCGGCAAUAGCAGUGGAAAGCGAACCAAAGGUGAUGGUGACGGCCGAAAGGUGGCAGAAAACGAUGACGAUGAUAAUGAGGAAGACGAAGAAGAGGAUUUAAAUACGGAUGAUGAAAUAUUGAAUGCAUCAAUUACAUUAAGUUCAAACUCUACUAAUGAUGCAUCCGCGAUCGAAAAGCUUCUCUAGCAUCAGGAGCCUGGCGGGGAGAGCGAA